GUAAUUGACAAGGUCCAAGAAGAAACUACCAAGAGCCGUUCAGACAGAAAGCCACCUGGUGUUGGCCGUGGAAGGGGAAGAGGUAGAGAGGAUGGUGGCAGCGGUAGGCCUGCUAAAGGCAUUGGACGUGGUCAGGAAGAUGGUGGCAAAGGUGGUCGUGGCAAGGGUGCAAGUGGCAGUAGAGGUGGUGGCGGCAGAGGUGGAGGGCGCGGCCGUGGCUGAUACAGGUCAAGUAAAUAAAAUGCCAGUUUUAAAGGCUUUUCUUUCUGUUGCAUAGAUAACCUCAAUGUGAAGAAUGAAUCAGUAGAUGUAAGAUUGCUUCACCUGUGUUCUGGGCCUAGCGUAUUACAGGUGCAUGUGUGAGGAAGCUUUAGAGGAUCUAUUUAGUUGUAGGAAGACCGAAGGAAACUAUUCUAAUGUUCAAUUGCUUGUUCCAUGAUUUUCUUUUCUAUGAGCACAAAGAUCAGUUGGAAUAU